UCAGCCAGAAGCAACUAAUUUUUUCUCUAACAAGUUGGCAACUCUGGGCUGCAGGCCAGUCACUCUCGUUUCUUUCGCUUCAGCCUCGUUUGCGAAUUAAAAAGUCGUGGUUACUGUUUGAUUUGCAGGCUCAAUUUGCCGCAGAGUUUAGCAAAGAAUAAUAUAAAUAAAUACAAUUAGUAAAAUAAAGUGGGUGAAAAGAAAGAAAGCUACACGCAAUUUUCAGCUGCCAAUACGAAGCAAGGCACAAAGAGCAAACAAAAGAAACAAUGAGCGAGCGAAACGGCAGCCGAAAAUGUGAUAGAUAGUGCUACUCUUCUAUCCAAAUAAAACAAAACAAAGGAGAAACAAAGGAUAGAAACCCCGAAAACUCCACACACACACACACGUACACAAAUACAUACAAUAGGAAGAAGAGCAGAUGAUGAAGCAGGCAAAACUGGCUGAUGAACGACAAUAAAUUAAAAGAAAAAAAUGUAUGAACUCAAACUUUUUUUUUGUACAAAUGGAAUCAAAAAAACUGUAAACUAAGUGUUUAGUUUGCAGCAAUAUAUGCAAACUGCAAGUGAAAGGAGAAAAUUCGUUGCCAUCGGUUCAUAUAAUUGUGUCUGUGUUUGUGUCUGCCUGUGCAUCUGUGUAUACGCGUGUGUGUGUAUGCAAGUGUGAGUAGAAUUGGAAUUGGAAUUGAGAUUGGGGUUGGUAAAUCGUGAAAAGUGAUAUAAAAAAAGGCCAUAAGUCUAUAUUUUUGCCCCCAUCUGCGGCAAGAGUAGCAAGCAAGAUUUAAAAAUGCCCAGUGCAUCGUUCACAUCAUCACGCACCUAUGUGCGCCGCUCCAGACGAAAAGGAGCCAAUCGCAUUGCGAUGCCAAAUCGUCCCUCGGGCAACAUUAUGGAUCCCAUGCUGCAACAGAAUGUGCAUGCUCCACCAAGCAGCGCUGCCUCCACAAGCACAGCCUCAUCCGCAACCGCAACCGCAUCCUCGGCAUCAGUAGGAGUGGGAAUGGGAGUGGGAGUUGGAGGCAAUAGCACCAGCUCCAGUUCAAGUUCCAGCAACAGUGCCGCAGCUGGAACCGGCAACCCCGCGGAGUACUUUGACAGUGGCCAGCCCUCGAGCAGCAAUGCAGCUAGCACAACAACAGGAACGGGUGCGGGAGCGGGAACGAGUGGGGGAGUCAAUCAGAAUCAGGGCAUUGGUAAUAUGUACAGUGCCGUGCAAAUUAUGGACACCACAGAGGGCAACUCAACGCUGGCAAGCACUUCAUCGGCUGCCGGUCCCAGCAGCAGCAGCAACAACAACAUCACCUGCAAUUCAAAUUUUCCCAGCACAUCAGCUUCCAGUCAAAGCAACAACAACAGUAGCAGCAGCAGCAGCGGCAGCAGCAACGCUUCCUGCUGCCACCAAUCACCGUAUGACUUGCGACGCAAGAUCUCCGCUGCCAGCAACCACGAGCAGUGGUGUUCGUCGAGCGGUGCAAGUGGAGCUGGACAAUCGGUGGCUAUGGUAAUGGUGGGACCCGCCAGCAGUUCGCCGCCGUUGUUAAAUGCCAGCACGUCGCCAGCCAGCUCUUCAACGUCUUCAGCCUCAUCCUCAUCGUCUUCAUCAUCGUCAUCGUCGUCGUCAUCGUCAUCAUCAUCACCUUCGGCCAUUGUGCAGGCGCCAUCGACAAGCGCCACAUUUCCCGUGAAUAAUGCGCCCACAACAGGCGCCACUCUUGCCCAGCCGCCCAACGUGCACAGUUCUGUGCCGCAGCAGCAGCAUUGCGGCGCUCUGCCGGUGGGCGGGGCAGCGGCUGUCAUUGAGGACAACAAUUAUAUGUUGCCAGCACGUAAACGUUCCCGCCGUCUUUACACACAGAGCGGAGAAACGGAUACGGCGGCCGUGCCCAAUAUGGAAGCAGGCAGCGGCGGAAGUGCAGCGAGCGGAGGAGGACCAACUGCCGCACAGUAUUUGCAGUACGAGCUGGCGGACGAGGUGCUCCUGGCGAUAUUCUCGUAUCUGCUGGAACAGGAUCUGUGUCGUCUGGCGCUGGUGUGCAAGCGCUUCAAUACCAUUGCCAACGAUGCGGAGCUGUGGAAGCGUCUAUAUCAGUCUGUAUUUGAGUACGAUUUACCACUGUUUAAUCCAGAACUUUGCAAAUUUGUCUUUGAGAAACCUGAGGAGUCGGAGUAUGCAAAUCCGUGGAAGGAGAGCUUUCGCCAGCUCUAUCGCGGUGUCCACGUGCGCCCAGGCUACCAGGAUAAGCGACACGCCGGUCGCAGCAUCGUGUUCUUCAACACCAUUCAGGCCGCUCUGGAUUAUCCCGAAGAACGUGCCGCUGCAGCAUUUGCAUCGGGUUCCAACGCUGCUGCCGCUGGUGCCGGUGCAGGCAAUGUUAAUGCUGGUCUAUCGAAUACCAGCAGCAGCUCAGCAUCCGGUGCCGGUGGUGCCGCCAGCGUCAAUGCAUUGGCCAACAUAUACGAGGAAAAUGUACCGCCAACUGAACAUCCGGGUCCGCUGAUCUUUUUGCAUGCCGGCCACUACAAGGGAGAGUACUUAUUCAUUGACUCGGACGUGGCACUCGUGGGCGCUGCUCCUGGCAAUGUGGCCGAGUCUGUUGUACUGGAGCGUGAGGCUGGCUCAACCGUAAUGUUUGUAGAGGGCGCCAAGUACGCCUAUGUUGGCUAUCUGACUCUCAAGUUUUCACCGGAAGUCACCUCAACGGUGUCACAUCACAAGCAUUAUUGCCUGGACAUUGGCGAGAAUUGUUCGCCGACGGUUGACAACUGCAUCAUCCGUUCCACAUCUGUGGUGGGUGCGGCGGUUUGUGUUGGCGGCGUUAGUGCCAAUCCGGUCAUACGGAAUUGUGACAUCAGCGACUGUGAGAACGUUGGUCUCUAUGUCACCGACUAUGCACAGGGCACCUAUGAGCACAACGAGAUCAGCCGCAAUGCCUUGGCCGGAAUUUGGGUGAAGAACUUUGCCAGUCCCAUAAUGCGUGAGAAUCACAUACAUCAUGGACGUGACGUGGGCAUAUUUACCUUUGAGAAUGGCAUGGGCUACUUUGAGAAGAAUGAUAUUCACAAUAAUCGCAUUGCUGGCUUUGAGGUCAAGGCUGGCGCCAAUCCCACGGUAGUCAAGUGUGAGAUACAUCAUGGACAGACGGGGGGUAUCUAUGUUCACGAGAAUGGACUUGGUCAGUUCAUAGAAAAUCGAAUACACUCGAAUAACUUUGCAGGUGUGUGGAUAACAUCGAAUAGCAAUCCAACUAUACGCAAGAACGAGAUCUAUAAUGGUCAUCAGGGAGGUGUGUACAUCUUUGGUGAGGGACGCGGCCUCAUUGAGCACAACAACAUCUAUGGCAAUGCAUUGGCCGGCAUACAGAUCCGCACUAACAGUGAUCCAAUAGUGCGCCAUAACAAAAUCCAUCAUGGACAGCACGGCGGCAUUUAUGUUCAUGAGAAGGGUCAGGGACUGAUCGAGGAGAAUGAGGUGUACUCCAAUACACUAGCUGGCGUCUGGAUUACCACUGGUAGUACGCCAGUGUUGCGACGCAAUCGCAUCCAUUCUGGUAAACAAGUGGGCGUCUAUUUUUAUGAUAACGGUCACGGAAAACUAGAGGACAACGACAUCUUCAAUCAUCUGUAUUCGGGAGUACAAAUUCGCACGGGCAGCAAUCCGGUGAUACGUGGCAACAAAAUCUGGGGCGGACAGAACGGCGGUGUCCUUGUCUACAACGGCGGACUAGGUCUGCUGGAGCAGAAUGAGAUAUUUGAUAAUGCCAUGGCCGGUGUGUGGAUCAAAACGGACUCGAAUCCAACUCUGAAGCGUAACAAGAUCUAUGAUGGACGCGACGGCGGCAUUUGUAUAUUCAAUGGGGGCAAGGGCAUUCUCGAGGAGAACGACAUAUUUCGGAACACACAGGCUGGCGUUCUGAUCUCAACACAGUCGCAUCCCAUACUGCGACGCAAUCGGAUUUACGACGGACAAGCGGCUGGCGUGGAGAUCACCAACAAUGCGACAGCAACAUUGGAGCACAAUCAAAUCUUUAAGAACAAAUUCGGGGGUCUUUGCCUGGCCAGCGGCGUGCAACCGAUCACACGUGGUAACAACAUAUUCAACAACGAGGACGAGGUUGAGAAGGCCGUGUCUAGUGGCCAGUGCCUGUAUAAGAUUAGCAGCUACACAUCAUUUCCAAUGCACGACUUUUAUCGCUGCCAGACCUGUAAUACAACCGAUCGGAAUGCCAUAUGCGUGAAUUGCAUAAAGAAUUGUCAUGCAGGACAUGAUGUUGAAUUUAUACGACACGAUCGUUUCUUUUGUGACUGCGGUGCCGGCACCCUGUCCAAUCAAUGCCAACUGCAGGGUGAGCCCACGCAGGAUACGGACACGCUUUACGACUCGGCAGCGCCCAUGGAAUCGCAUACGCUAAUGGUUAACUAGGGCAGCAUCGAUGAAGCACUCUAAAUGUAUUUUAUAAAUUUAAUUAAGCCGCAAGCUCUCAACUGUUUAGACUUUAAGGUGCCCGCUAUCACGCCCCCACAUGUGUUGCUGUACAUAUUCACAAGACACACACAAUAAUACAAUUGUUUGUAUGUAUAUAUAAUAAUUAAUCUGCGUUCAAAAUUUAACUCAAUGUGCAAUUUAGUUUAAACCAAUUGAUGCAACGUUUUCAAUACCUACGAAAUAGCUUCGCCUGUCCAAUGUCCUCAACUGUCACAACGAAAAUACUAUUUCAAAUAUGCAUUUCUUUUCUUUUUUUUACAAACUCGUGAAUAGCAAGAAAUGAAUAUAUGCAAAUGGGAUGAAAUAUCGAUGGAAAAUUAAGCAGGACCUAAAACCCCAGUGAAGAUAACAAUUUUGUAAUGUAGUUUAGUAGAGUUUUUAAAUUCAAAUAACAUGAACGAUAACAAAACAAAACAAAAAACAUGAAGAAAAAUAAUAGUAUUUUAAGCCGUAGACAACAACAACAAUUCGAAAAGCAAUUUUAAGUAUUAAUAACAAAUUACGAGUAGAUAAACGACAGCAACCGCUUUUUGCUUCAGCAGCUAACAAACCUACGUAUAGAGAUAUUAACUAUAAAUACAAAUAAAUAUACAAACAGUAUAAAUACAGUACAUGGACAAGUUACAGAAUCAAAAGCGUUUCUAAACAUCAAAUAAUGAGCAAUAUUUCAUGUCUUAAUGUCAAAUUUAUAGCGAAGAGCAUACAAAUAUGUGUCAUUUUAGAAUUAUAAGAUAAAACAGAGGAAAACUAUGUAACUUGUACUGUUUCGGGUCUGCCGAGUAUUCGAAUUAUGCAAAACUCAUUAUUUCUAACUUUAAUGCGUAAUACUAAGUAGCGCUAUAUAGACGUGUAUGUAGGAUUCACAGCAGCUAGUUUUAUAUACAAAUGCAUAGGACAUGAGUUCGUUUAAUACUUGUGCAUGUGUUUUCAUUUAUAUUUUUUUAAGAACUUUCAAAUAGUUUGUUUUUUUAUGUUGCCAAUAGUUUUAUUUAUGUUACAUUUUACAAAUUGCUUGUUUUAUUUUUUGCAUAACACAAAUAACUUUAAUGAACAACAAUUAAAUGUAAAAGAUAAAAAAAAAACCAUAUACAUAUUAUACAUAUACAUACUUUACUUAUCUAAAUAUAGGCAAGCUCACACACACACACAACACAUACGCAUACAUAUAUGUCAAGAAUAUAAGCAUACUAUUUACUAACAAUUGCGUUGAUUGCGAUACAAAAUGAUAGUGUUGUGCAUAAUGUAUCUGUGUAUCUGUAUUUUGAUGUAAGCAAAAGCAACGACAAUUCUGAAUUGUAAAACAUAAACAACACCCACACACACACACACACACAAACAAACAGACACAUCUAUAUUAUGUAGAAAUGAAUUUUAAUGUGUUACCUACGCAUCGUCGUCGUCGUCUUCGACUUGGACACACAGACAACCAACUAAUUAUACAUAUACCAGGUAUAAGCUAAAAUUAUAUUUGAAAUCAUUUCACAAAAAAA